CACCUGUCAGACCCAGCGGGUUUUUUUUAGCUACGGAGCCUCUUCAUGGAAGAAUCCUCAUUUUUGCCCUUUUUUGUGGACUUUCCAUUGGCCUGUGGAGAACCGGGACAACAGAGACUCUUUCCAGGAGGACUUUGAGUUGGACGCGCAGACGCAGUCCCAUCUGUAUUGGACUUAAAAUCAUCCAAGGAUACGUUGUCUCCAGGCUGGAUUGGUAAAGUGAUCCCUGCAACUAACAGUGAUGUAUUUGGACACUGGACACAGAACAUUCUUGCAUCCAUCCUGACAUGGGAUGCCAGCCCCUUGCCCACCUGGCCUCCAUAUUGCUCUGAGCUCCCCUGGGGCACCAUGAACAACUACAGAGACAGAGGGGUCACCUGCACUUCCUCAGACCUUCUGGACAGGGGAGGUGACGGAGCGUUGCCUCCGCACGCCCCGUUUCGGCACACCCCCAAUGGCCACCUGGUCCCCACAGAUGCGAGCAUGCCAUCACGCAUCUCAGUGCCCAAAAUGGGUGUCCGUGCUCGGAUUGCCGAGUGGCCCCCCCGUCGGGCCCACUCCAGAGAGUCGCUGCUUGAAAACGGACAAAUGAACAACAAUCACAAUGGCGACGCCCGCGCCACGUCGAUCUCGUCAUCGGACGUCAGGUUGGUGCGGGGCGGCUUGGCCAGGUUGCCACGGCGAUGGUCCAAAGAUGUGGAGUUUAGAGGCGGUGGGUUUGCUACUGAGAGAAGUUCACCCCUGAGCUUACGUGUCUUCCCACCACUGAGGCAGCGCUCCAAUAGUGAGGUGACCCUGAGUGAACAGGAUGAGAACGAGGUUGAGGUCCGUGGUGGAGGAACGAUGGGGACCUUGUUCAGAGAGUACGGCAGCACUUCCUCCAUCGACAUCCAGGGUAUCCCUGACCAAAGCUUUUUCGACAUGCUCACCCAGUUCCACCAGGAGAGGCCUGACCAGCGCAGCUCAGCCCCCACGCGCCUCAAAGACCUACUAUAUGCCGCAGACUCCACACCGACCACGACCCUCUCCGGUGCUCCCUCGCCCGGUUCUACCCUGACCGGGGACGAGCAGAGGAAGGACGGAGGUGAGCGAGUCAGGAAGAAAAGUGGCGGGACGGAAUCUUCACUGGGAACAUCCUCGUUAUUCCGAAAACUCCGCAGCGCCAGUCGAGUGGAGCAGGAUGGGGGGAGAGGGGAGAUGACUGAGGACGGGGGACGGGGUUCAUCAGAAGCAUCCUACAAAGUCUGGGUGUGCCCCAAGAGCUUUGUCCACUAUGACGCACAGAGUAUCCUGUUUGACCUUCAUGAGGCUGCAGCCCAGCGAAGCUAUGUGACCCAGAGAAGGAACACAGCCACAGGGGCAUCAGCUGCCUCAGUGUCCAUGUCUGUGUCCAGAUCCUUGGCUGAACCUGUGUACGCCAGCAUUGAGGACUUAACUAUGGGUCUGGAUGCUUGUUCAACCAUGUCCUCUCUGGCCGUGGACCCUACGGACCUUCCUCCCAGAGCUCACAGCUCAGGCCCACUGCUCCUCAGCUGCCCCCACUUUCUCAAUGAGACUGGGGGCCACGGCGAGCGCAACAUCAGCUUCCUCAGUUCAUCAGCAGAGCGAGGGGAGGGAGGCGGAGAUGGAGCAAGCGGUUGCCUGAGGAGAAGUAACGCCAGUAUCUCUGUGCUGGAAGUGCCUAUAGAACAGCAGGUCACACGCCUGGACAGACUUAAGGAGUACAGCAUAGAGCAUGUUGACCUGGGGGCCAGGUACUACAGGAACUACUUUCAUGGGAAAGAACAUUCAAACUACUUUGGGACGGAUGAAAAGCUCGGUCCUGUGGCUGUGAGUAUCCGUAGGGAGAAAUUGGAGGACACCAAAGACCUGAAAGACCAGUAUCAGUACCGUCUGAUCGUGAGAACGAGCGAGCUGGUGACUCUUCGAGGUUCCAUCUUGGAGGACGGGGUGUCGUCGACGGGGAGGCACGGCACGGUGCGUGGCCUGCCCCUAAAAGAGGUCCUGGAGCAGGUGGUCCCUGAACUCAACGUGUCCUGCUUGCGACUUGCACUCGGCGUGCCCAAGGUCACUGAGCAGCUCCUCAAACUGGACGAGCAAGGGUUAAGUCAGAAGCACAAGGUGGGUGUUCUGCUGUGCCGCGCAGGCCAAAGCACUGAGGAGGAGAUGUACAACAACGAGGACGCGUCGCCCGCCUUCUCAGCGUUUCUGGAGCUAUUAGGCGAGCAAGUCCUCCUCAAGGGCUUCACCAAAUACGCCGCACAGCUCGACAUAAAAACUGACUCGACAGGCACCCACUCCCUGUACACUGCCUACCAAGGCUACGAAGUCAUGUUUCACAUCUCCACCAUGCUGCCAUACAUGCCAAACAACCCCCAGCAGCUUCUUAGGAAGAGGCACAUUGGGAACGACAUUGUCACCAUAAUCUUCCAGGAGACCGGGGCAUUGCCUUUUACCCCGAAGAAUAUCCGCUCACACUUCCAGCACGUUUUUGUCAUAGUCCGUGUGCACAACCCCUGCUCUGAAAACACCUGCUACAGUGUUGCUGUGACAAGAAUGAAGGAUGUGCCUCCUUUUGGCCCACCCAUUCCCAGCAGCGUCACCUUCCGUGACCCGGAUACUUUUCGACACUUCCUACUGGCCAAAAUCAUCAACGCAGAAAACGCUGCGCACAAGUCGGAAAAAUUCUAUACCAUGGCGACGAGAACCAGGCAGGGGUACUUGCGUGACCUGGCCGAGAAUUGCGUCAGCAGCACCCCCAUGGACUCGGCCGGCAAGCUCAACAACCUCAUCUCCCUGGCGUCGAAAAAGCGCGAGCGCUCAAAAGCACGGGAAGGGGCCGAGCUCGGGGCCGAUGGGGCAGUUGCCUGGAGGGUCCUGGCCCAGGACUUCAGCGGAGGUGGGGCGGAGCUCCCGUGUGCUCUUGGUUUCUCUGCAGAAUACGUCCUCCUGGUGGACUGCUCCACCAAAGAGGUGGUGUUCAACUGCUUCUGCGCUGACGUGAUUGGCUGGACCGCCGAGCGCUUGGCCUUGAAGAUCUUCUAUGGGAGAGGAGACCAUAUUGGUCUGCGGGUGCCCGAGGGCUGUGCCCAGGACAUCAGGGAAAUGGUACAGAGGUUAAAGUCUCUAACAGUUGGAUGUGAGACGGUGGACAUGACGCUGAGGAGGAACGGACUCGGCCAACUAGGCUUCCACGUGCGCUUGGACGGCACCGUAGCCGAGGUCGAGGAAUACGGAUUUGCCUGGCAGGCGGGGCUAAGGCAGGGCAGUCGCCUGGUUGAGAUCUGCAAAGUCGCCGCAGUGACGCUGACCCAUGAGCAGAUGAUUGACCUGCUGAGGACGUCGGUCACGGUCAAAGUCGUUAUCAUUCCCCCGUAUGAAGAAGGGCGACCCCGAAGGGGCUGCACAGAAGAGUAUGAGAUGAAGACCUUGGAGCAGAAGCCAGAAGCUGAGCCUUUGGCUGCGGGCUACCGACCCUCGCCUCGCUCGGGUUGGCGCUGGGACAGCCCACCAGUGCCUAUAGGGCUGCACAGCACCCCCAAUCCACAGAGGUGGGCCCCCAUGGGUCCCCCACCACCACCUCCGCUACUGCGUUCCCACAAGACUUUGAUGCCAGUGCCCUACAGGGAACCUCUGCAGCAUUUUAGCUCAAAAAGGCCGGUCAGCUACCCAGAGAACCACUACAACGUGUCUCCUGCUGGAGGUGACCGAGUGCUGCCCUACAGAAACCCCUCGGCCAGCUUCUCGUCACCUUCCUCAGGCCUGGUGGCCCUCUCCACCAUGGGGCCUCCCGGAAUCACACCAGGGCCCUUUGUGCGCUACAAACCUUCACCUGACAGAUAUGGACCAGGACAGCGCCCCCUGCUGCCUUAUGAGCCCCACCUCAGUGUGGAUAUCAUGUCCAGCGGAGAGUCGUCUUCAGGCUUCACCAGCCAGGAAAGCACCAUGGAGCGCUGCAAAACUGAACCCCUCUGGCAUGUUCCAGCACCAUCAUCCAGGGUGGCGGCUGGCGGAGGAAGCCAGAGGAGACUCAGACAGGAUAUUCAAGGGAAAGACGCUCCAAACAGACACUCAAAGGGCGAGACUCAGUACUCCAGCCACUCCAGCAGCAACACUCUGUCCAGCAACGCCUCCAGCGGUCACAGCGAUGAACGCUGGUUCGACGGCGGUCCCGGAGGAGACAGAGGAAACGGGGGUUUCUUGUGCGACCCCGCUGAGGCCGACCCUAACCUUCUCAACAAGGGCGGUUCCAACGACAGCGGCAUCGACGCACCCACUCACUUUAACAAUCACAACAGUCGCAGCCAGCCCAACAAGGCUUUGCUCGGCCCGGUUGAGCUCUCUGCGGGCAGGAACAGCAGUGGCGGCGCAGCCAAGAGACGGGAGUCAUCGCCUGUCGUAACAGCGGUACCUAGUCACCACAAAGGGUAUCUGACGCGGACGUUUCCACCUCCUGGCUCCAGCACAGAGAAAAUAGACGCAUUUAAACCAAGAGCCUACACACCUCAGGGGUAUAAGACUCCCGCAGCGGAAAAAUCCAGGCCUGUUCGUGCCUCGACGACAACACCCACUUCCUCCCAGUUAAACUCCACCCCUCUGUCUAGCUCCGCCCCUAAAGCUUUUUACGGUAAGAGUAGACAAACUACCUGGCAGCCCGAAGAAGACAUCAGCCCAUCAUCAUCCAACGCAAACACAAUGUCCAGCUCGGACAGCAGCAACGGCAAGACUCAGGUGGACAUGAAUUCAAAGAACGUGUUUGGACAACCUCGACUGCGAGCGUCGCUGAGAGACCUGCGCUCUCCGCGGCGAAACUACAAGAGCACCAUCGAGGAUGACUUGAAGAAACUGAUCAUCAUGGACAGCCCCGGAGAGGCUCCACAACGGGAUCCUUCUCCCAGGUGCACUCUGCAGCGCACCUUUUCAGACGAGUCUCUCUGCAGUGGACGCAGGGACGCCAGCUUCGCCAACUCUGAACACCAGUCGGCUCCCAGCGACCUGCUCUUCACGUGCACUCUGCCCACGCGCAAACACGGCGUCUCUUCUAACCACACUCAGGCCAAGAAGGUGCCACUGUCUGCGUCCGAGCUGUCCCUCACAGAGACCAGAGACAAAGUCCCCCCGCUGAGGCGGCUCGAUCCUGGACUCAUGCCCCUACCUGACACUGCCUGCGGACUGGAGUGGUCCAGCCUGGUCAACGUUGCCAAAGUCUACGAAGCACAGAGAGCCGUGUCGCUCUUCUCGCUGACCGAGACACAAGGAAGCGGCGCCGACACGAGGCCGGCCGUCAGCCCCGUGCAGUUUCCCACUCCCAAGACGCCGAGAACCACACCCACCUUCAGCGGUGACGAAGUGUCCGGCGAGUUGUCGGGACGUCUGCACCAUCUGGAGGUGAUGUUGAAACAGCUCAGCACUGACCUGGACCGAGAGAAGCAGGACAAGGUGGUGUUGCUGGCCGAGAUGGCCAACCUUCGAGAGAACAACCAGCGGCUGCAGGAGGAAAGCAUGACGGCCGGCGAGCAGCUUCGCAAGUUCAACCGACUUUUUACCAAACUUGAGGGCGAGCCCGAGGCGCACCAAUCUCAGCCCAAGAAGGAGUGAACGCACGUGGGUUCCACUGGACCGCCUUAAACUGGAAACAUUUCACUCCAACCUCCCUCCCGAAGCCUCUUUUUUUUAUUUUUAUAAAGAGAUAUAUUGUUACUAUGCUGGACAAGGAUCACCUGGAGAGGCCUAACACUGUUCCUGCAAGCCAGUCAGCCAAAAAAAAAAAACUCCCAGAAUGCACUAGUACCAGAGGCGCCACAGUUUAAAAGUACUGUUUAGCUACGUUUCCACAUAUCCUCUCUAUUUUACUGAUACUCUUGUACUUACUGUAUGUGUGCGUUUAGAAUACGGCGGGAGAAGGAAACCAAACGACUGACUCGGCGACGAACAAACUCGUUUACAAUAGAAAGAACACAACUUCCUGUUUACAUGGACGAGCUUCAGCCCAAAAAUGCAUUCAGGUUCAGUGACCUACUUUAGUACUUUUUUAGAGGAAAUCAAUGUAGUCCUACACAGGUGGGAGAGUCGGAAAACACUCACACACGCUCCUUUAAAGGUAACAAACACCGUUUAUGUUCUAUUCUCUAGCACACCUCUAAUCCAUACUUGCCAACCUUGAGACCUCAGAAUUAGGGAGAUAUUCAAA